UUCUUUUCAUUGCCGCUGUUUGUUAAUUUGUUUGAUAUGAUAGGAGUAGUAAUAGGAGUAGGAAGAGGAAGAAGAGCUCUCUCCUCUCCUCUCCUCGUCUUUAAUGGAUUCUACUGGUACUACUUCUUCUACUACUAAUCUUGUUCGUCUCGUCUUCUCCUACCACCUACCAAAUCAAUCCCAUCUGCUGUCUACUACUAACCGGAUCCAUCCAUGGGGACCAUGCCGAUCGAUCAACUAUUUCCUCUCCCGCCUCUCGCAUUGGCUACAAACUGCAAAGCAAAGUAGUAGCAAACAUGAUCUCCUCCUGCCCACUUCUUCUUCUUCUUCGUGGCAUUUCCAUGGAUUCAUAAUAAUAGCCCCCAAUCACGGGACAUCCAUGGAUUCUUUAACUUUGGCUUUGUUCCUGAUUUUCGCCGCUACCCACCUCUGGCUUUGAUUUGGUUGGGCCUUUUACCACACAUCCAUUCUCUAUUUCUCUCUCUGGGUAAGAAAAGCCGGUGCCUUUCUGAGGAGAGAAUGCGAGCUGAGCUGAGCUUUCUUGCGGCUGCCUGCUUUCCCUUUCGUGUGGAUUUGAUCUCCCCGGCCGGACGCAUCGCCACCCAUGUCGUCCCGUUCCGUGUUGAGAGAUGAGAGGGGUUCAAGAUAGGAAGCAGAAGAAGAAGCAGGACCUGCAGGUUCUCGGGCCCUUCCCUGGAUGCUUGGGUAGGAUGAUAAACAUGUUUGACCUCAGCAAUGGCGUGGUCGCGACCAAGAUGCUCACAGAGAAAGCGCAUAGAGAUGUUUCUCCAGCAGGUAAAGACCGUGGUAAUGCUUUCAAGAUGGCAAUUGGUCCAUUCUCAUCACAGAUAGAAGAUAAAAAGAGAGAUAGUCAGCCUAGAAAGCAGUCCCCAACUAAAAGAUUGAGCUCACCAACUAAAAGAUCUGGUGAGGCUCCUGUUAAAUUGCUCAUGGAGCAGGACAUGUGGAAAGAAGGGAUGUCUGGCGAGGAGCCACUGAAUGUUGUUGCCAGAUUGAUGGGUCUAAAUGAUGCUGCCGGCCACCAAUCUGAUCUGAAAUCGGGAAAAAGAUCAGACAAGGAAUAUCGAUCUGGUGGUUUUGAUGAGAACAGUCGGAAUCUCAGACCAAAGAAGGACAGCAAAGGCCACCCAAACCAAAAGGCAGGAACACACAGUGAACCAUGCAGUGGUUUCAGUGAUCAAACUUUAAGAAUGAAUAGCAGCAGGAAUAAACACCAAGGGAAGGAGCCUUCUUGUGAGAAGAGAAUGACCCUUGUGCGUGAAAAAUUUGCUGAAGCAAAACGUCUGGCUACAGAUGAGAAGCUUCUCCACACAAAGGAGUUCCAAGAAGCAUUGCAGUUUUUAAGCUCAAAUAAAGAUCUGUUCUUGAAAUUCCUUGAUGAGCCAAAUCCACUGUUAUCACACAACAAUUAUGAGUUCCAACCUGAUACCCCACCUUCGGAGACAAAGCAAAUAACCAUACUGAAGCCAUCAGACUCAAUCAAGAGAAAUGGCAACACUCUUGUAGGGAGGCAGCUCUAUUCAGACGGAGAUGAAAGUGAAGGGAACAGGUGCAGGCGUCAUCAGAGUUUAAGUGUUUCCCCAACAAAUUCAACAUUGUCUGAACCAACAAGAAUUGUAGUACUAAAGCCAGGACUUGUAAAGUCCCAGGAACCCAAGAUUCUGAGGUCCCCUUCAUCAUCAUCAACUGCAGCUGAUAGUGAAGAUGAUAGUAUGUCGGCAGUUGAUGAGACAGUGCCAAGCUCAAGAAGACUGGCCAAAGAGAUCACUUGGCAGAUGAGGAUGCGUUUGAAAGACAAGCAGGAUGAAGAAAACCUACUCUCUUAUGAGUUCCAUGAUAUUUAUAUUGGAGAUGACUCCUUCAGCAAGUCAGAAGUUGAGAAUGCAAAAGAAGUGUCUGGUGAAAUAAGUGAGGAUUUGGAGUUCGGUACUCCUACUUCUGGCCGUUCCUGGGAUUUCCUGAGCAGGAGUGGCAGCCCUUACUCUGCAUCAUGCUCUAGUCAGACAUCCCAUCGGCGUGAACCAUCAGUGGUCAGAGAAGCCAAAAAAAGGAUUUUUGAGAGAUUGUCAAUUGUAUCAUCCACCGUCGGUGGUGAGGAAGAAAGGGAAGCACGCAGAAGUAUGGGCACACUAGGUGAGAUGCUUACCAUUCCAGAAGUCAAGAAAGACCAAGAAGUGUUUGGGGGAGUCACAUUGGAGAACCCAUCACCUGAGAUGGAUUCCGAAGAACCGUUCUUGUGUUUGCCACGGUCUCGAUCUGUUCCGAUUUCUUUGUCUUUUGGAGGCACUGAGCUAAAUGGAGUAGCGACCGGUUGUCAGGAAGCCGAGAAGGAAAAGAACAGGAAGUCAUUAUCAUUUAGGGAAAAGGUUUCCAGUCUGUUCUCUAAAAAUAGGAAAGUGGCUCGGGGGAAGCUAGAUCCAUCUGGAAUUCCAUCAACUGAUGAUAGACUCAAGCAUGGAAAUUCUGCUACUGUUAAUGAUUUCAGCGAAAACGCUGAUCAUUCUGCACUGGACAAUCCGCUUAACUGUACUAUACAGAAUGUCGAUGAUAUUUCUAUGCCAAGGCUCAUGGCUAGUUCUUGGCACAUGAAUGAUAUGGAAAACAUGCCUGCCAAGGAUAUUUCUUCCAUCCCGGUUAUUGGUGCCCCAGGAAUCUUUGGUGAGUCACAGGACCAACCAAGUCCUGUGUCUGUACUAGAUGGACCAUUUCUCUCCGAUAACAGCAGGAGCUUGCUGUGCUCAUCUGAAAGUUUCAUCACCGCAUCCCCACAAGCUUUGUCGAGAUCUCCACUUAUCGGAUCAUUUUCACGCUCACUUUCAUGGGAAGAUCCCCCACUGGAAGUCAUGUCGCCAAAUUCCUUGAGACUAUCAAGGCUUUUCUCUAAGGCUGACGAAGAUCAAGACUCAUUGACAUUUAUCCAGAAGUUAGUCUGCUCUGCUGGCAUAGAUAGAGAAGGUUGCAUGUUAUCCGGUCCUUUGGAACUGUAUUUGCUUGAGAAGUUCUCAGAUUACCAAGAAGAGGGAACCAAAUUACGGGAAAGGCGGUCGAAAGAGAAGUUUCUAUUCGAUGCUGUCAAUGAGGCACUCACAGAGCUCACUUGGACUGCAGAACUGAUGGCGUAUCCAUUGGGAAGGUCAUCUUCUUUGGAACGCAAAGAUUGUGAGAAUGCUUUCAGUAACUCGGCAGCUGAUGAAAUUUGGCGAGUCAUAAGGAACUGGUCGAUUCUUGACAAGUAUCCACCCGGAGAAACUAUUGAAAGAAACCUCCUGGUGGAAAUGAUACUGAAGAGAGAGGUGUUGGAGGCGGCCAGCAGCGACACGACACGAUUGGAGACAUUCGAGCUCACCAGUAUGGUCUGUACAAUGGUCUUGGAGGACCUGAUUGCAGAUGCAGUUGUAGAUCUGAGUGCCUGACUAACAACUAGCGAGGUACCUCCACUUUUCUAACCACUAAUUUUGCUUAUGCCUCCUAACAUUGCUGUUUCACGCGAUACUUGCUGCUGUAACACUGCUUCAUUCAUUCACAUCACCACAGAAAUGCAUGUGAUGCC